UGAUUUUGUAGCCAUAUUAGGAAGGUAGACAGACCAUCUGCAGGCUGCACAGCCGACUCGGCCAACAUGGAACCGAACUCGAGCGCGUUUCCUACGCAAGCACCGCGCACGGUACCGUGACAUAUGUGAUGUGAUUCAUACUUGCAAUAUAUUUGCUGCCUUUUCUUUCCAUGCCGCGAUUCGACGCUACACGGCGGCGGGGGGGUUCUAUCCCCAGUGGCACAGCAAAUGCACAAUGCAACUCUGCUCUCUUCAUGUUUUCAGGGGUGUCAAACGACAGGUCACUCACACAGCGCACGAUCAAACCUCUCGCUCACAUUCCACAACCAGACUUUACCUCCCAGCACUUCCACUUCGUCUUCCAUCCCAAUCGCAUUCAGCGGAAACAUCCCAACGUCAUAAACACCGAGGGCUUUGUCUGAUACUACUUCGAGGUUUCUCCAAGACACUUACCUAGAUUCAUCGUCAUGGUUGACACUCGUCCCAUCCGGGUCGCCAUCUCUGGCGGCGGCCUCGCAGGCGCAUCCCUCCUCCAUGCUCUGCUAAAGUACCCGCACGUCGACGCGCACAUUUUUGAGUCCAGCGCCGCAUUCAAGGAAGCCGGCAUGGCUAUCGGCGUGACUCGCAACGCGCUGGCCUCUCUCGACCUCAUGGGCUCUUCCACCACUCAAUGCCUAGAGCGUGCUGGGGCUGUUGCCAUGCAGGGCGUGCGCUUUCUGUUGGCCGGGGGCUACAGGCCGGGGAGUGUAGUCGACGAGGUGGACUACACGACCUCGGGGAACAAGCGGCUGACGAGCAUCGUCCAUCGUGCUGACUUUUUGCGCGAGCUGCUCGCCGACGUCCCACAGGAGCGUAUGCACGCCUCCAAGAAACUGGAUAGGGUCGACGGAGCCAACGGCUCGGGCCACUCCAUCACUCUACACUUUACUGACGGCACCACUCACGAGUGCGACAUCCUCGUCGGCGCUGACGGCAUCCACAGCACCGUCCGGAAGCUCGUCCUCGGUGAGGAUGACCCGGCAGCGUCCCCCCGGAACACGGGCGUGUGGACCGCCAUGACACUUCAGCCGUACGCGGCCGCCCAGGCCAGCAUCGGCAAGGACGCCGUCAACUUCGAGGACCCCCACGAGCACUCGUGGAUUGGCCGCGGGUCCUUUCUCAUGCACAACCUACUCGGCAACGGCCAGCUAGUGCAGCUCGUCGUCGCUGCCCGGGAGAAGGAAGCCGUGGGAUCCGACAGCUGGGGCCGCACCGUGAACGCGGACGACCUCAGGAGGAUCUACCAGGACUGGCCGCCGCAUCUCUCCAAGGCCGUCGAAUCGCUUCUCUGCCAACAACCCUCCCAACCAGCCAUGUACCUCUGGGAGCACCACCUCCCCGCCCGCACCUACGUCUCGGGCCCCGUCUGCAUCAUGGGCGACGCGGCCCACGCCACCACGCCCUGGCAGGGCUCCGGCGGCGGCAUGUCGCUCGAGGACAGCCUCGUGCUGUCCACGCUGCUGGGGGGCCACGCAUCGACCCCCGCCGAGGCCCGGCUGGCGCUCAGGGCCUAUGACCAGGUUCGCAGGCCGCGCACGCAGCGCAUUGUUGAGUCGAGCCGCGGGACGGGUGAUGUUUUGACGGGCGCUGGUGAGCAGGGUGUAGAGGGGUAUUUCAAGGAGCCGGGAACUCUGUUACGCAGGUGGGAUUUUAUUUUGGAUCUCGAUGUGGAGAAGCAUGUGAAGGAUGCUGUGGAGUUGUUGGACCAGUUGAAGCGGGAGGUUGCUACGUAGUGGGUUGUUGAAUGGGUACAAAAAUGAAGUCUCUGGCUAGUAAAGAGCCAUUUAUGAUAGUGUAAACUACCUCCCUAGCAAUGAUAGCCGUUCCCAUUGGG